AUGGCUCUUGUAAACAAAAAGGAAACAUACACCAUGAAACUCCAACUUGUCUCUGUCCUCGCUCUGGCAGCAUCGGCUGCUGCGUUUGCUCCUCAGCAAAUUUCGCGCAGCCAUGCCACCACUGCCUUGUCCAUGGCCGCUGAGGAGAAGGGAUCCAAGAGGAAAGCUGCCGUGAAGGUCCUCGGAAGGGUUGCUGGAGCCUUGGGAACCAUCGCCGUUGCUACCGCUGGAGCCCCACCACCGGCUUUUGCUGCUGCCAAAAAGGCUGUCAAGGUUGUAGAGACAGCCGAUAACACGAAAAAAAUGAUUGGCAUUGGUGCUGGUGUUAUUGCAGGAGCCGCCGUUGGAAUCAAGUUGGCUGGGGGUGGAAACAAGCAGAACUUUUUGGAGGCUGAGCCCUACUGGGACCAAUCCACUGUUCCUGUGAAUGUGUACAAGAACAAGGCACCUUUCACUGGAAAGGUUGUCUCCACAAAGAGAAUUGUUGGACCUAAGGCUACUGGUGAAACAUGCCACAUCAUCAUUGACCACAAAGGCGACUUCCCCUACUGGGAGGGCCAAUCCUGGGGAGUCAUUCCACCUGGUGUGAGGGAAAAGGAUGGAAAGCCUCACUCUGUUCGCCUUUACUCCAUUGCCUCUUCUCGUUAUGGAGAUGACAUGACAGGAAACACUGGAUCCUUGUGUGUUCGUCGUGCAACCUACUGGUGCCCAGACCUCAAGGCUGAUGAUCCUGCCAAGAAGGGAAUUUGCUCCAACUUUUUGUGCGACACCAAGCCUGGUGAUGAUGUUCAAAUGACUGGUCCGGCUGGAAAGGUUAUGCUCAUGCCAGAGGAAGAUCCUAGCACUGACUACAUUAUGGUUGCCACUGGUACUGGUAUUGCUCCUUACCGUGGUUUUGUGAGACGUCUCUUCACAGAAAAGACACCAGCUGGUGAAGCCUACAAGGGCCAAGCCUGGUUGUUCCUUGGAGUUGCGAACAGUGACGCCUUGUUGUAUGAUGAUGAGUGGCAAGAGGCCAAGAAGAACUACCCCGAUAACUUCCGUCUUGACUAUGCUCUUUCCCGUGAACAAACCAACACUAAGGGUGGAAAGAUGUACAUUCAAGACAAGGUUGAGGAAUAUGCUGAUGAAGUCUUUGAGAAGCUUGAGAAUGGUGCCCAUAUUUAUUUCUGUGGAUUGAAGGGAAUGAUGCCUGGAAUCCAAGGCAUGCUCAAGGGAGUUGCAGAGAAGAAAGGCUUGGAUUAUGAUGCUUGGUUGAAAGGACUCAAGGGCAAGAAGCAGUGGCAUGUGGAAGUCUACUAA